AGUUUACACAGCUUUUUCGACAAUUUACAGAGGAAAUAAAUGGUUAAUUGGUUAUGGUAGAGAAAUGUGAAUACACAAUUUACAAAGACUCCACUAGUGAAUUUAACAAAGCACGAGUGUAGAACUGCAAAAUAUCCUUCUUCAUAUUCGCCAGUCAGCUACCACUCGGAGAAAGUGAGUCAGAUUUUGCAGAACCCAGUAACUGUAUUUAAUUUUCACAACCUCCAAGCCUACCACGCCCAUUAUUCUCUACUUUCCUCCUCUGCUUUUCCGCUCUCGAACCCUAGAAAAAUUCACCUCGGAUGCAAAUGGGUCCACCCCACAAACCAUAGAAACCCACCAGUUCGCGCACAACCAGGAUUCAGCAAAAACCCACUUCACCCAUGGCCACAUUAUCCAUUUCCGGGCACCUCGCUGCCUUAAGUUUCUUGAUUUCGUUCUUCGAAUCAUUGGCUAUAGACCCAGAUUCUUCUUUCUCAUUCACACGGUUCGAGAAUGAUUCAAGAAUCGAAUCCAAAAUCGCUCUGUAUGGGGAUGCAAAGGUUGUUGAUGGCGGCUUUCAACUCACCGGUCCAGCGAGUUCGAGUGCUGGACGAGUUAUGUACAAGAGCCCCAUUAAACUUGUGGAAGGUAACCCCAGAAAUCUAGUUUCUUUUUCGACAUACUUCUCGUUCUCGAUGUCUACGGGCAAUGGCGAUUAUUUAGAUUUCCUUAUGGUUCCAAGUGGUUUCAACAUAAGUGAGCUUGGCAAUACUUCGUCUGGGCUUUCUCUAGGAUCUGGGAAGACUAAAAUUAAGGUUGUUGCUGUCAAGUUUUAUACAUUAAGGGAUGAUGCUAAUGGUUUGGUUAAGAAUCAUGUGGGAAUUGGUGUGGGUAGUUUUGUAUCAGCGAUAUUUAGCAAUGCGUCAGCUUAUAAUUUUAGUCGUAGUAGUGGAAAAACCCAUGCUUGGAUAGAUUACGAAGCGGGUUCAAAGCGAAUAGAGGUUAGGUUGAGUGAAGAUGGUCAUUUGAGGCCCUCUGGUCCGAUGCUCUCGUACCGAAUGGAUUUGUCAAAAGUGUGCAAGGAUGAGCAAGUGUUUGUAGGCUUUAGCUCGUCGAGCAGGAAUUCUUCCAGUACAUAUUUUCUGCACUCAUGGUCUUUCAAGCUUAGGCAUGUUCCGAAUUGGAUGCAUUCCGAGCCAUUGGAUCCCAAGGCAUUUGCUAAAAGCACAAAAACUUUGGCAGCUCGAAAGAGUUGCGACUGUCUCUCAAGAUUGCUGGCUAUGAUGAUUUUAGGUGCUGCCUGCGGAGCAUUGGCGGCAUUCACUGUGUUGUAUUUGUGGACAAUUUUUGGCAAUAGGCGUCCGGUGGUGCCAGAGGAGGAGGUUUCCAUGCAGCCCAUGGAUUGCGACUACAAGAAAGUCGGAGUAGUUGUAGUGAAAGCCAUCAAAGAUGGCAAGUAGGUGUUUGAGGUUCUGUUGGAUGCCGUGCUGUAAAUCAGUAUCUUGCUCUUGUAGCCUCACGUUUUGUAACAUUCUUGUGAUUUGGUUAUCAAUUGUCAAAAUAUGGUUUUGGUA